AUGAAGAACAAUAACAACAAAUCUUCUUCUUCUUCUAGCUAUGAUUCUUCUUUGUCUCCUUCUUCUUCAUCUUCUUCCCACCAGAACUGGCUCUCCUUUUCUCUCUCCAACAACACCAACUUUAACUCUUCCUCCUCAAACCCUAAUCUCACUUCCUCCACAUCAGAUCAUCAUCAUCCUCACCCUUCACACCUUUCUCUCUUCCAAGCUUUCUCCACAUCCCCAGUCCAACGACAAGAUGAGUCACCCGGAGUUUCCACCGACGAUGCGACGGCAGUUCUUUCCAAUUACCCCGGCGGUCCAAAACUCGAAAAUUUUCUCGGCGGCGGAGCCACAACGACCACGACGACAACAAGACCAAUGCAACAAGUGCAAUCUCUCGGCGGCGUUGUCUUCUCUUCCGACCUUCAAACACCAACUCAUCCUCCGUCCGCCGCUGAGAUCUAUGACUCUGAGCUUAAAUCAAUAGCCGCUAGCUUCCUCGGAAACUACUCCGGUGGACACUCAUCCGAAGUCUGUAGCGGACAAAAGCUACAACAUAACCCUCUAGUUGUCCCAGAAGUUUCGCCUCCAAAGAAGAAUGUAGAGAGCUUCGGUCAACGCACUUCAAUAUAUAGAGGUGUCACAAGGCAUAGAUGGACUGGAAGAUACGAAGCUCAUCUAUGGGAUAAUAGUUGCCGAAGAGAAGGUCAAAGCAGAAAAGGAAGACAAGGUGGUCAUGGCCAAAAUCUAACGUCGCUUUUUAUGUUGUUGUUUUGGCUCUGUGACGUGAAAUCAUUACCCAACCGUGGACGAUCUGAAAUUUAUAAUGAUUUUAAUUGGUCUGCAGUUUAUUUAGGUGGUUAUGACAAGGAAGACAAAGCAGCUAGAGCUUACGAUCUUGCAGCUCUCAAGUAUUGGGGUCCUACAACCACGACUAACUUCCCGAUAUCAAAUUACGAAUCUGAACUUGAGGAGAUGAAGCACAUGACUCGACAAGAGUUCGUUGCUUCUCUAAGACGGAAAAGCAGUGGAUUCUCUAGGGGUGCCUCCAUGUACAGAGGUGUCACCAGACAUCAUCAGCAUGGUCGAUGGCAGGCACGAAUCGGAAGAGUCGCAGGGAACAAAGACCUUUACCUUGGCACAUUUAGCACUCAAGAGGAGGCAGCAGAGGCUUAUGAUAUAGCAGCGAUUAAGUUCCGUGGACUUAAUGCGGUAACAAACUUUGAUAUCAGCCGGUACGAUGUCAAAUCCAUCGCUACUUGUAAUCUCCCCGUGGGAGGACUAAUGCCUAAACCGUCGCCAGCAACCGUAGCUUCCGACAAAAACGUUGAUCAGUCUCCAACCGAGCCUCCGUCACUGACCACACCGUCGCUCACCUUCAAUGUAGCAACACCGGUCCAUGACCACGGAGGAGCAUUUUUCCACACUGGAAUACCGAUCAAACCAGACCCGGCUGAUCAUUACUGGUCUAAUGUUUUCGGGUUCCAGCCAAACCAGAAAGCUGAGAUCCGACCAGUAGCAACCUUUGGGUCCGAUCUUCACAACCCUUCUCCAGGUUUUGCUCUAAUGCCGGUGAUGCAAGACGGAGGAAACAACUUUGGUGGUGGUUUUGUCGAAGCAGAAGGGUAUAACAGUCAUUCCUCUGCAUCGAGUCCUGUCUCGGCAAUUCCGCUUUCUUCGACAGGGACAAUAGGUAACGGUAACGAAGGGUUUGGUGGGAACAUGAACUGGAUGAACAACAACAUUUCAAGUUCUUACCAAACCGCAAAGUCAAACCUCUCUGUUUUACAGACACCGGUUUUUGGAUUGGAGUGA